GCUCCGAUUGCUCACUGCUGCAGCUUCAAGGCGCAGUUUGCGUCACUAAACCGCAUUAUAACAAUGUUGGGACCUCCUGGAUACAAUAAGAUUAAUGGGACUAAUCGGGAUUAGCGGAAGCACCGCCUGGUAAUAAAUGCCUGUCAAGUCAGAAAGACAUGUCAAAACAAAGGUUUCAACUAAAGAGGCAACGCAAUUUUACUCAUCCUGGAAUUGAAUUGGACGCAUAAUCUAGAAGUCAAAAAAAAUAAACCCUAACCCUAAAAGAAGGUGUGGCAAGAAAUUCAAACUCAAGAAAGCAACCUGAGUGGAAACACCUCAAUCUUGACUUAUCAUAAAAACUUUUGGAAGACUUGGAGCAAUAAACUUGAAGCAUGCAGAGUCAUAGGACUGGAAUAAGGCUUCUUUACUGGCUGACCUUGCUGUCUGGGAUGUUUGAGUGUCUCUGCUUUGCUGGUGUCGUGUUUGGGUAUGCCUCCCUGGUGUUUGUCCUAAAAGAGGAUGGGUACUUCAGCCAGCUGUGUGUCGUUGAUCCAGACAGAAAUGGUACAACCACUGUUAAAGACUGCACUAGUCAAGACGAGAAGUUUGCUCUGGUCUUCACCAUUGCAUCUUUCCUCAACAACUUCAUGAAUCUAUUUAGCGGCAUCCUCUUUGAUUACUUUGGCACAAUGGUGACCAGGCUACUGGCAAUAUGCCUUUACACUACUGGAACCCUUCUUGUGACCAUUUCAAAUGCAAUGUCUUCAAUCCUGCUUUUUCCCGCACUGUCCUGCAUCGCUGUGGGAGGGAUGCUGCUCCUUAUGACAAAUCUGCAGGUGGGCAACCUGUUUGCAACUCACCGCUCCACCAUCAUCACCCUCUACAGUGGUGCGUUUGACUCCUCUUCAGCUGUGUUUCUCAUCAUUAAGGUUCUACAUGAACAAGGCAUCUCAUUGCGCUCCUCUUUCCUUGUCAUGUCCUUUUGUUCCAUUAUACACAUUGUGCGAACAUUCACUCUGCUGCCCAGAAAACGUUUCCCUUACCCAUUGCCACAGUACUACACCUAUGGAUUGAAAUGUGGAAAGAGCAACUCCUACAAUGUGGAGCAGAACAUGACAGAGGAAGGCCUAACAUUUACUGGCAAGCCAAGAUGCAGAAUGAACAAACCCAAGGAUGAGACAGAUCUUAAUCCAUCCGGAGAAGUGGCAAGUUUUAGGAGUUGUGUGCUGUCCUGGUUCUUCCUGUGGCAACUGCUAUGGUUGUCCAUAAUGCAGCUGAGACAUUACCUCUUCAUUGGGACCCUAAACCCCAUGCUCAUCCGACUGGCCCAAAAUGAUGCCAACCUGGUGAGUCGGUAUACCAAUGCCUUUGCAUUGACGCAGUUGUGUGGGGUGUUGUGUUCCCCGUGGAAUGGACUCAUACUAGACAGACACAAGGGAAAGCCACGUUCUCCUGGAGAAACAGAGCGGGAGGCUGAUUUGCGCUCUUCAUUGCUGUCUCUGUUUCUGACUGCCCUCCAGUGCCUGCUCUUUUCCUUAUGUGCCUCCAUUCCCUCCUUGCCUUUGCAGUACUUUACUUUUGUCUUGCAAGUCAUUAAUCGCUCCUUCAUUUAUGGUGGAAACGCAGCCUUCAUUAACAUUGCAUUUCCAGCUUGUCACUUUGGGAAGCUGUAUGGCCUUGUCAUGUCUAUGUCAGCAGUAAUCUCACUACUUCAGUACCCUUGCUUUGCACUGAUCAGAGGACCUCUUGGUGGAGAUCCUUUUUAUGUGGACAUUGCCCUCACUCUGAUAACUCUGGUUGUGUUCAUCCAUCCCUUGUUUGUCUUUAUCCAUUGUAAGAAAAUAGCCCAGCACAGAAGGAAAUGACAAACAGUCACUUUUAUUAGCAAAUUACCUGAGUGAGUGUAGUGCUGUGUACCCUAUGCAUCUGUGCUGACAUGAUAAAGUAAGGUAAACAUUUUCUUCUACUAUUAUGUAUUUUGUACAAUCCAUUUUGAUCGGCACUUGGCAAGAUAUACUGUGUAUAUUGUUUCAAGUUGCCUCCUACUAAGUAUGCAUAUUAGGGCUGUCAAACGAUUACAAUUUUUAAUCGAGUUAAUUACAGCUUAGAAAUUAAUUAAUCGCAAUCCAAACCAUCUCUAAAAUAUGCCAUAUUUUUAUGUAAAUUAUUGUUGGAAUGGAAAGAUAAGACACACGACGGAUAUAUACAUACAACAUACUGUACAUCAGUACUGUAUUUGUUUAUUGUAACAAUAAAUCCACAAAUGGCGUUAUUAACAUUCUUUCUGUUAAAGUGAUCCACGGAUAGAAAGACUUGUAGUUCUUGAACGAUAAAUGUUAUAGUUACAAAUUAUAGUAAUUUUAUAUUAAAACCCGUCUUCAUGUUUUCGUUUUAAUAAAAUUUGUAAAAUUUUCAAUCAAAAAUAGAGUUAAUAUAAUAAUAAUAAGAAUAAAAAUAAUAAUAAAAAUAGAGUGAAAAGUUUUACGUGUAUUUUGCAUAGCUAAAUUCAUAUGGAACGCCAGUUCAUUUUGCAUUGUUGUUUUACUGUGUGUCAGAAUAGGGCCUCAUUACUAUAGACUGAAGUGCUUUUCUUUUUGAGAACUUUUUUUUUUUUUUCUUUGAGAGAUAGGAAUAUUAUUUUUGUUGUGCUUUCACUAAACGAUACUUAUGUUUGUUGUGAAGGAGAAGCUUAUGCCAAUAAACGGCGCGGUCCAAAGAAUGCCUGUGUCCACCUGCCUUUACUGUAUAACAUAUACACUGCCAAUGGGAAAACCCAUUGGCAGUGUAUCAAAUACUUGUUCUCCCCACUGUAUCUGUACAUAUCUUACCCAAAAUAAAACAAGAGACACAUAAUUGCCACUAAAAGAAAGAAACUUACCGAAAUAUGUGUGGAGCACAAAUAGCAAUUUGCAUUGCAUUGUGAAUACAGCAUAAACGUCUCACAACUACUAAUUCUCCCACGUUUAGAAGACAUAACAUGAGUAUGGAACGGCGCUGCCCCCAAGCGGCCGGUGGCAUUCUCUUCACUCUUAAAGAGCACAUGACACGAGAAAAAGAGUCUAAAAUGUCAUUAUUAUGUGAAUUAGAAUCAUAUUUUGAGACGAUUCGACUAUAUACAACAAUUUAGCAAAGCACAGAUGACGAGAAAUUAGUCUUUUAAUCUGCCGGUUAGCCACGCCUACCAUUAUAGGGCUUUAGCGUCCCCAACAGGUGGAUGACGUCAGCGGUAGACUUGGCUCAUCGAUUUUACUAUUCAGCCCAUUGAGGGGAAAUUAUUCAGAACGAGGAAAACGCGACGAAGAAAGCCGCAAAACGUCAUUGUUUCAGUCUCUCUACUCCAAUAUUUUUACAGGAUAUUCUUUUUACCCAAGUAUUUUUCCCCAAUAGCUAUAUAAAUGGCUUGAGAAGGACCAGUCAGCCCGUUGAGGGGGAACUAUUCACAACGAGGAAAACGCGACGAAGAGAGCGGCAAAAUGUCAUUGUUUCUGUCUCUUUACUUGAAUAUUUUUACAGGAUACUCUUUUUAUCCAAGUAUUUUCCCCAAUUGCUAAAUAAAUGGCAUGGUCAUGACAAAUAACAGUCUUGUGCUGAAUGGAAUAUGAAAUAAUAAAAAUGCAUUUAUUCAGGACGACAUGGCAAAAUUACUCCAUAAUGGUCAAAACUGUAGACUUCACCUUUACUGUCGCACCUCCCGAACGAUAUUUUAUGACACCUAAAUCGGACAUAUGUCAUUUCCCUUCCCCGGCUUCGGAGAAUGUAAACAAACCAGAAGGCGUGACAGCUAGCCGAUAUGCUAACCCGAACCGAGUGAUAUUUCAAAGUCUUCAAAGCGGAAAAUCACACAUAGCUAUCCUGGAUUAUUUGACAUGACGACCCGGUUGUCGAAUGUCUUAGCGGAUCGGCAAACCGCCCGGCGGAGAGCAAUUUACAGUUCGUUCCCCGGAGGAGGGUGGCUGGAGCUAAUGCAGCUAACGUACUGCUGCUAAUGCAUUAGGAGAGCUUUUUACAUGCCUAUCAAUGAUCAAACGUAAGUAGUCCUUCAUUUAAAGGAAGUUUGUAGUGUUUACUUUGUAAUCGCUAUAUUCGUAUUUGACAUAAUACAAAACAAGAUGUUUACUCACUUCCUCGUAAAUCCAAUGGUCCCACAGUAAAUAUCCACGGUGAAUGGGAACCUUUUGAAACUCCAAAAAGGCGCAUACGCCUCUCCCUCAUACAGAAUGAUUUUUCUGCAGCCGUUUGGCUGGCGUGAUGCGAAAAAUAAACGUAUUAAUCCGCAAAAUCAGCUGAAUCCUUCGUCCUCAUACACAACAGUACACAGUAGCGUGAAGAGGACGUCUUCUACCGUACACGUCACAGCGCCCUCCUCCUUAAUGCAAGACCGAAGCCGGAAGUCACUCAUUUUCCUGGCGCGGGAUUCAAAAAACUAAAUAAAUAUAGCGAUCGCUUCCACACACAUCCAAGCGGUCCAUAUCAUUCAGGAGCAUAAAAUACCGCGUGUAUUAUGAAAUAAACAUGCUUUUUCGUGUCAUAGGCACUUUAAUGUCCUUAAACGGCCUCAUUGUAAUGUUUGAGGCAAUAUGCCAGCGGGUCAUUCAUUGCAUGCGUUAAUUGCGUCAAAUAUUUUUACGUGAUUAAUUUUAAAAAUUAAUUAACGCCCGUUAACGCGAUAAUUUUGACAGCCCUAAUGCAUAUACGUUACCAAUAAAAAACAAUCACUUCUGAGGCCUAAAAUGCAUGUUGGUCCAUCUGUUGGUGAAAACCAAGAUUGCCAUUUCAAUUAUAUGUGAUGCGACAAUGGGAAUGACUAAUAAAACACAGUGAUGUAAUUUGGUGUGAUUUAUUCAUUGAAACUGUUCACUUGUAGGACAUUUUGGGAAAAGUAUCAAUACAAGAUGAUGAAAUGCUUAAGAUAAAACUUUGGCAGUCUUGUUGAAAGAUGUGACACUGAUGGUGCUUACGAAUAAUGGAUGAUGGGGACGAGUCUAUAUGAAAAUUAGAUUGUCUCCACAUUGCUUGGUUUUAGCUGGUUCACUUUUUUGAUUAAUGCUUCACCAGCUUAGGAGAAACUCCUACUGGAAAAUGCAUCAAUAACAAACAAUCUUUCAUACUCACAAUUAAACAUACUACGGAGGAUUUGGAGUGAUCCUGGCAUGCAUGGCAUGGCGAGAACAUGCAAACUCAACAGUUUGGAGGUCGGGACUGAACCCAAUCACUAUGCCAUGCCAUGUCCAUUUACUGUAUAGCUUGCGCCACAAACAUACGUAUACUGUUAUUUUACAACUUUAGUCCAUCUAUAGAUCACGAGAAUGGAGGCCUUGGUGCUGCACAUUCUUAUAAAGUGGGUGAUAGUAUGCACCUGCAAGUUGCUUGCAAUCCGCCAUUAAUCAAAAUUUUAACGUGCUGCAAUGCCCCUAAAGUGAUUUAUGAGGGGGAAAAAUCAGACAAAUUGAAACAUUAUUCAACCUACAGUAUAUGCCAGAAUAUUUGGAAAAAAAUUAAUUUAUAUGUCUAAAUGUCACGGGUUUAUAAGCACAAAGCCAAUGGAUGAAGUCGUGUAGCGCAGUCAUGUGAAAAGCCGGUCGCAAUUGGGUAGCUGAACUGAGAAUGUGUGUUAAAAUUCUUCUUUGAAUUAAUCAUGGAUUGCAAGCAGUUUUCAGGUGAAUACCGCCACCUAGUGUAAAACAAUGUGCAGCGUCCAUGCCUCUACCCUUACGAACCUUACAUAAAAUUAAUGUUUUUCAAGAAUUUAACAAGUGCUUUCCUUACAUACCUGUCUUCCUUUAAC